AAUUGGUGAUUGAUGUGAGAUAUGUUGUGAAUGUCUCUUUGACUAUGGCUUUAGUGCAGCUGCUUCUCAUGCAUGUGUCCUUCACAGGUGCUUUAUUUGCUGCUGUGCUGCUGUUUUUGUGUAUUUAUCUAUUCUCCAUCAGCUCCAGCUCUCAGAAUGAUGGAAAAUAUCCUCCAGGACCCAAACCACUGCCACUGCUGGGAAACCUGCACCUGCUCAACCUCAAGAAAACCUACCUGAGCCUUUGGAAGCUAUCAAAACAAUAUGGGUCGGUUUUCACGGUUCACUUUGGCCCCAAAAAAGUGGUGAUAUUGUCAGGAUACAAGGCUGUCAAGCAGGCUCUAGUGAACCUUUCAGAGGAGUUUGGAGACAGAGAUAUUACACCUAUAUUUCAUGAUUUCAAUGAUGGAUUUGGGAUCACGUUUUCCAAUGGUGAAAACUGGAGGGAAAUGAGACGCUUUGCUCUCGCAAACCUGCGAGACUUUGGAAUGGGCAAGAAAAGAAGUGAAGAGAUAAUCAUUGAAGAAACGCAAUAUUUAAAAGAAGAAUUUGAGAAGUUUGAAGGAAAACCAUUUGAUACAACUCAGCCUGUGAACCUUGCAGUUUCAAACAUCAUCUCUGCAAUUGUCUAUGGCAGCAGAUUUGAAUACAACAACACUGAGUUACAUCGCAUGGUCAGACGAGCUAACACAACCAUGCAGAUGACUGGAUCAGCGUCAGUUCAGCUCUACAACAUGUUUCCUUGGCUUCGUUGUUUUGUGAAGAAUCAGAAACGUAUCAUAAACAAUUUCCGAGAAGCCUUUAAGCAGAGUGAGGAACUUGUAGCCGGUCUGCAAAAGACUCUGAGUCCUCAAAACCCACGAGGAAUCACCGAUUCUUUCCUCAUACUUCAACAACAAAAGCAGGGAUCAAGUGAAUUGGGAACUCUGUUUCAUUCGAAGAAUCUUCAUUGUACAAUUAAUAACCUGUUUGCUGCUGGUACCGACACUACGACUACAACACUGCGCUGGGGUCUUCUGCUCAUGGCCAAAUACCCUGAAAUACAAGACAAAGUUCAAGACGAGAUUGACCGAGUGAUCGGUGGACGUCAGCCAGUGGUGGAAGACAGGAAGAACUUACCGUAUACAGACGCUGUGAUCCACGAAACCCAGAGAUUUGCAAACAUAGUUCCCAUAAGCGUCCCCCGUCAGACCACCUGUGACGUUCACCUGAAUGGAUACCUCAUCAAGAAGGGUACCAGUGUGUGGCCGCUACUGGUAUCUGUAUUGAGGGAUGAAAGUGAGUGGGAAACUCCUGGCAACUUCAACCCAGGACACUUCCUAAAUAAGCAGGGCCAGUUUGUCAAAAAGGACGCCUUCAUGCCCUUCUCUGCAGGCCGCAGGGUUUGUCUUGGAGAGGGUUUGGCCAGGAUGGAGCUAUUCCUGUUCUUAACCUCCCUUCUUCAGCGUUUCCGCUUCACUCCACCUCCUGGAGUGUCUGAAGAUGAUCUGGAUCUGUCGCCAGUCGUGGGUCUCACCCUGAACCCAGCCCCACACAAACUGUUUGCAGUCAAACGGUCUUAACAUCAUUUGCAAUUAAAUGUCUGUUACUUUUUGUUUUUUGUUUUUUUGCAUUGUAUUGCAUUUAUUCAUUUAGCUUUCCACUGGAAGCACAUUCAAUGUUUAUCACUUUUUAGAUAAAUAACUGCUUUUCUUAAGUUUAAAAGCAUAAAUACAUUUAUCACUUUAAAAUCAUGCAAAUAUUUUUAGUAAAACUGAUGAUAGCACUUAAAUUACACGUGGAAGUAAUGUGAAUGCUUCCUUUAACCAGAAUACGAGGACUGAGAAAAGAAUCAUCAAUACAUAAAUUAAUAAACUUUUCCACAUUUCGUCGCCUUGGAAUUAUAAGGUUCUAUCUGCAUUCUGAGUGGUUUUGAGAUAUUGAGCUUCAAAGGUUUUGCAUUACAUAUAGCAAAAAAUGACAUGGGGAACAAAUCUCUUUCCUACAUGAAAAUGACAGAGACCCUAAAUGUAUUCUAAAUGUACAAUAUCAAAAUCCUCUCAAAUUUUUAAAUGGGGAUUUUUGGGUGUUAAUUGAAACUAUCUGCAUUUUUGAAACAGGUCAAAUGCAGAUAGAACCUUCUAAUUCUAAAAAGUCAUUUUCUGCUUGGAAUUAUAAGGUUCUAUCUGGCAUUAACUGAAGCAACAAUUCUCAAGAAAUACAAAUAGUUUUUUAAUAAUUUGUUUUAAAACAUAAAAUUAGUGUUGCAACAAUGUGUCAACAUGUAUGAGAAAGGUAAAUAGGACAAAUAUUUUUUUCUUGGUUAAGGCACAAAAGGCAAUACUAAAUAUUUUGUCCAGUGCUAAUGUUAAUUUUAGCUAGGAUUAUAGUGAGCAAUUAAACACAUUAUUGAGGGAACAGUUAAGGCAGCUAACGUUACUCUAAUCCAUCUGACCAGGACUUUAUUCCACAAAAAGUGGGACAGGGAAAAUGGCAUUCUCUUUAAAUCAGUAUGGCCGAGAUAACAUGCUGACGUUUAUUGUUGUAAUUAAGACCCCAUCAUUUGAUAUUUAAGGCUUAAUGUUGUAAAAUUUAAGACAUUAAGACUUUAAACUGCAUGAAUAUUUCACCAGUCAUUACAUAGGGUGAAUUUGAGUAAUCUGGGACAUUUUUUGCAAUUUUGACUUCUGCGAUUUAUUUAGAUAUCUAUCUAACACAUUAGAUCAACACAUUAGACUUUUCUGAAAUCCCUAAGAUGUUUUCUAACCACACCAGAAGAAAUAAUGUAGAUAUUAUGCCCAGAGGAGACAUGCAACACCUAUUAAGUGUUUUUGUGCCCCCCAAAAAUAUUCUGCCUGAAUUUGAUAAUCUGGGACAGGUCACUUUAUAAUCUGGGACAUAUGUAUUAGGCCUAAAAAAAAGCCUAUAUUCACCAUACUUUAUGCAUGCCAAACACAAUAUCACCAAUAGCUCCCUUCAUUGUACUCUCAUUCCAUUGGUUUAGCUUCUUCGUAUUUCUCUUAUUUCUCUCUCUCUCUUCCUCGCUCUUUCUAUUGCCAUCUCUUUUCCUGACGCUGUAAUGCCAUUGCAUUUUGUAAUACAUUUCAUUGAGUUAAUUAAAGGCCAUGGAUAUUUUCAUAUUUUAGCUGACUAAAUGACUGUGUGUGUGGGGUGUGUGUGUGUAUGGGUGGGUGGGUUUCGGUGUGGGUGGGUGUGUGUGUGUGUGUGUGUGCGUGCGUUUGUGAACAGAACAUUUUGAACUGGCCUGGGUGCAGAUCCCCCUCCUGCUCAGUGAUUUGAACCGUUGUAUAUACUAAACUAACUGGGAAUUUGGGAAAUUAAAUUAACGAUUUACUUCAUCCUGAUACCUUUGCUUGCUAUUGGAAUACAUUUCCCAGAUUCCGUCUCUGUAGCAUCUCUCUAGCUGCUACCUACUGUGAACUUGUGCUAAUGUUAUAACCUCCAGAAUUAACAACCAUUUCUCAUUAUGGCAUAUAUUAACCCUUGUCAUUAAAUUUAUAAAGUCCCUAAAUGCAUAUUUCCCCCAUUUGAAGACUGUCCCAGAUUACCCAAAGCAUGCUGUCCCACAUUCUCAAUCAUAUUUGAUAAUGUGGGACAACAAAAAAAUGUUUGAAAGAAAAAAAACUAAAACACAUUUUCAACACUUUAAUACAUAUUUUGUUGCUUGAAUAGAUCACAAACAUAAUUUGACAACAAUUAGGAACAUUGUCUUAUUUAUGACAGAUUUAUGUCCUUAACAUUAAUCUAGUCAAAAUCCUAUGUCAUUGACCUUGUCAUGCAAUUCCCAGGGGAGCUUCUUGAUUGACAAGUGCCCUGCCCUUUUCUGUGGCAUGACCCCCAUGAAGUCAUGUGAUUUUUGUCACAUGACAUCCAUGCUAAAAUUAUAGUAAAUUUGAUUAGAACAGGAAAUAAACACACUGGAGUUUAGGUGUCCCAGAUUACCCGAAUUCACCCUAUUCGGGUUUUUAGCGACCCAGAUUUAUAUCCAGCACGGAUAGAUCUCUAAUUGCUGCAAUAGCAAAUUCUCCUGAUAUUUUAAGAACAAUUAAAAAUAAUAAUAAUUAAAAAAAAUAAAAUAAGUAUACUUAGAAGGGUUCGAUUUGAGCAGAUGAUUUUACCAUCACUGCCAUCUUCAGAGCGCAUUUCCCCAGUAUUCAGCAUCUGGCUCAUAUUCACGAUCUCAAUACAUUCUGAAAACUAUCGUUUUCAGCAUCUUCAAAAACAACAUUUUGAUCGCUAUUCACCACAUCCACUAUCAAACGACAGUAACACUUAUAUUUCAUUAUGUGCAGUAAUUGAUCUGCAGUAAAGCCAUUCAAGCCAGUUACAUUUUUACUGAUGAUAUAAUUUGUUUUAUGCAUGCGCUAAUUAUGAGUGAAAAAUCACGUCAUCAUUAUGUUUUAAACAGUGCCACUUUGUGGAAUAAAGGUGAAUUGCACUUA